AUGUCCAACAUCUACCAGACCUUCGGGCUGCCCGCAUUCUACGCCCACGUGCACUUCAUCGAGUUUGGCCCAGACGACUUCUGGUCCGGCGGCGAGCCCGCCGAGCCGUCCGCGACCGUCUCCAUCUACCACGCCGCCGCCAACGUCCGGGACAAGCAGGAGGGCGAAAUGUUCCUCAAGGCCUUUGACGAUGUCGUGCGCCCGGUCUUGAAGCCCAAGGGCAUGCGGUGGGAGUCCACCAACUAUGAGACCCCUCGCGACUUUUGGAGGCUGCAGGGCAUGGCGCCUCCGGACUUUGACACCGAUAUGCACAAGAAGUGGGUCAAGGAGAACACCUUUACCGAUGAGGAUGGGGAGCAACUUCUGCGCCAGCAGGGCUAUUGUGUGUAA